AUGACAAGAGUCGAUGAUGAACGAGAACGACUACAACAACGACGGAGAGUUUGUCUGAUGCCACCGCCCAUGGUUGUUGGUUUUCUGCCAUUUUAUCGUGCUGCUCAGCCAAGGAUUGUGGAACGACUGCCGCUUCUAGAGCCUAGUCCCAAUAGUUCGGUUGUGAUCAGUGUAGUCAUGUUGCCCCACAACAAGACCGACUGGAAUCUUGUCCCAGAAAAAACUUACCAAGUCAUGAAGGCCAAUGUGGACGCACUCAAAAUCAUUCAACUUGGACUCACUCUGUCAUAUGAGCACGGCAACCUCCCUGACCUAGGAAAUAACAACAAAACUCAGAACUCACUACAUCUGGCAGUUCAAUAUCCGAGACUUCAACCUCAUUUGGCAGCAGCAUCCGGGCUGCUGUUAAACAAAGCACUGACAUGGGUCACAUUCCAUGGUGCUUAUGAUAUUGGAUAUUUGGUGAAGAUUCUGACGUGGGGUGUUCUUCCCACGCGCUUGGAGGAGUUCUUGGAGCUUGUGAAAGAGCUGUUUGGGAGAACUACUUAUGACGUGAAGCAUGUGAUGAGGUUCUGCAAUGCCCUCUAUGGCGGUUUGGAGAAGGUGGCUGACACACUUCACAUAGACCGAGUUGUUAGGCAGUGCCAUCAGGCCGGGUCUGACAGACCGAGUUGUUAG